AAGACACAACCAGCGGACAACACAGAUAUUUGUUCACAAGGCCAAGCUGCCAUGAAUAACUAGAGAAAAGAUACGUUUUUAUUUUUCACGUUACUUUUGGCGAUGCCGGCCAUGAGAAACACCGCCUUAAGCUGCCUCUCUGGCGUUAGACGGCGGGCAUUUGUCCGCGCUGUUCACCUUCGUCCGGCUUCUCAAAUCUUGUCGAAGCAACCUGGGCAAGCAAGGUGGAUAAGCCAGAAGCCCAAAUGCGCGACUGCGACGCCACAAGUCGGAAAAACUGGUCUUGAUGAACUCGAAAUUGUAGAGCAAGAAGAACCAUCGUCGGCCCAUCUUGCCGAUUUGACCUUGCCGCCUGCCUCCGCAUUAUCUGAUUUCCGAGAAGGGGCGACUGUCACAGUACAUGGCUUUCUGACGAAACGGAGAGAUAUGUCAAAGCAAAUGACCUUUUGCGACUUAGACACAUGCGGCGAUCACAAAGUACAAAUAUUUGCAACAAGCCGUGAAGACUCCGAUGCUACUGCCAAGGAAGCAUUCAAUGUACUCAAAGAGAUAUCCCCAUUUACCCCCGUUGCGGUCACUGGAACAUUGCAGUCCAAGCAUCGUCAUGGUCAAGAUCCAAAGCAUGAAGAGGACAGUUCAACGGAUCUAUGGGCGUUGAAGUGGGACCUCAAAUUGACCCAAAUCAAGCCUCUCAAUACCUUUCCAACAGACAUCGUUGUUUCUAAAGAUGCCGUUUGGCCACUAUCCCAGCGCCAUCUGCAACUGCGUUUCGACUCUUUGCUUCGACAUCGUUUACAAGUUCGAUCCAUGGCCAACUUUACAGCUCGAAGGUAUCUUACAGAUUCUAGAUUUUUCGAAUAUGAGACCCCUAUUCUAUUCAAAUCAACUCCCGAGGGUGCCAGAGAAUUCAUAGUUCCUUCUCGCCAACCCGGGCUAGCCUAUGCUCUUCCUCAGAGCCCGCAGCAGUAUAAGCAAGUCCUCAUGGCGUCUGGUUUACGGAGAUAUUACCAGUUUGCCAGGUGCUUCCGCGACGAAGAUUCGAGAGCAGACAGGCAACCCGAAUUUACACAGCUGGAUCUCGAAAUGGCUUUUGCGACUGGAGAAGACGUCAUCAGAACAGUGGAAAACAUCGUAUGGUCAAUCUUUACGCACUUACGCGACACUAAGGUUGCUCGGGAGGUCGAGGGGAUGUUAUACGUCGAUCCUGCCCAGAUCAUCGAGGAUUACGGCCCUUCGGCGUCGCCGGAGAUUGAGGGUGUCCGAUCUCUUUGGCCUCUCAAGGAUCCCCGUACCCAAGGCUUCGUCAGGGUAAAGUAUGAUGACGCCAUGGCUAGGUAUGGCAGCGACAAACCAGAUCUCCGUAUCUCUUCAGAGGUAUGCUAUGUUAGUCAUCUAUCUGGCCAUUUGCUAACAUACUCAGAUUCAACGGAUCGAAGAUAUUCUUCCAGCUGCCUUCAAGAGCAUGAUUACUAAUCUGGAGGAUCCAAUCGUUGAAGCUGCACAGUUCAAGCUCAACGGAUCCCCAUCCCAAAACCUAAUGUUCAUCCGCAAAUUUAUGGAUAAUCUUAAAAACACAACUCUAAAGUUGG